AUGGCUUGGAACAGGUUCCAAAGAGCAGCCCUUUCUGAGGCUAAAAAUGAUGAUUUGACACAUCUCCAAGCAGCAGCAUCCAAUGGUCACCUCGAGGUUGUACAGGUUCUCAUUGGCCAAGGAGCAGAUCUAAAUAGGGCUGGUGAUGACGGCAGGACACCUCUCCACGCGGCAUCAUCCAAUGGUCACCUCAAUGUUGUACAGUUUCUCAUUGGCCAAAAAGCAGAUCUAAAUAGGGCUGGGGCAAAUCUAAAUAUUGCUAGUAAUGGUGGUAGGACACCUCUCCAUGCGGCAUCAUCAAAUGGUCACAUCGAUGUUGUACAGUUUCUCAUUGGCCAAGGGGCAGAUCUAAAUAGGGCUGGUAAUGGUGGCAGGACACCUCUCCAUGAGGCAUCACUCAAAGGUCGCCUCGAUGUUGCAGAUACUCAGAUCAGUUGGAUUCUUAUCAUGGAUGGGGACAAGAUUCAAAGAGCAGAUCUUUCUAGGGCUGAAAAUGAUGAUUGGACACCUCUCCAUGCAGCAGCAUCCAAUGGUCGCCUCGAGGAUGUACAGGUUAUUAUUGACCGAGGAGCAGAUCUGAAUAGGGCGGAUAAGGAUGGCUGGACACCUCUCUACACGGCAUCUUUGUAUGGUCACCUCGAUGUUGUACAGUUUCUUAUUGGUCAAGGAGCGGAUCUAAAAACGGCGAAUGAAGAUGGCAUGACACCUCUUCACGCGGCAUCACUCAAAGGUCACCUCAAUGUUGUACAGUUUCUCAUUCGGCAAGGAGCAGAUUUAAAUAGGGCAGAUAGGGAUGGCUGGACACCUCUCUAUGCAGCAUCAUUCAAUGGUCAACUCGAUAUUGUAAAGUUUCUCAUAGGCCAAGGAGCAGAUCUUAAAAAUGCAGAUAAAGAUGGCAGGACACCUCUCUACAUGGCAUCAUUCAAGGGUCAACUCAGUGUUGUACAGUUUCUCAUUGGCCAACAAGUUGAUCUUAAUAGGGCUGGUAUUGGUGGGCGCACACUUCUACACGCGGCAUCUUUAAAUGGUCAUCUCGAUGUUGUAGAGUUUCUCAUUGGCCAAGGAGCAGAUAUAAAUAGGGCUGGUAAUGAUGGCAGGACACCUAUCUACGCGGCAUCAUUCAACGAUCUAAAUAGGGCUUGUAUUGGCGGGCGCACACCUCUCCAAGCGGCAUCACUCAAAGGUCACCUCGAUGUUGUACAGUUUCUUAUUAGCCACGGAGCAGAUCUAAAUAGUGUGGAUAAAGAUGGCUUUACACCUCUCCAAUGGGCAUCAUUCAAUAAUCACCUCGAUGUUGUACAGUUUCUCAUUUGCCAAAAAACAGAUCUAAAUAGGACUGGUAACGAUGACAGCACACCUCUAGAAGCGGCAUCACUCAAAGGUCAUCUCGAUGUUGUACAAUUUCUCAUUGGCCAAGGAGCAGAUUUAAAUAGUGUGGAUAGAGAUGGCUUGCCAUCUCUCCAAGCGGCAUCACUCAAAGGUCGCCUCGAUGUUGUACAGUUUCUCAUCGGCCACGGAGAAGAUCUAAAUAGUGUGGAUAAAGAUGGCUUGACACCUCUCCAUUGGGCAUCAUUCAAUGGUCACCUCGAUGUUGUACAGUUUCUCAUUGGCCAAGGAGCAGAUCUAAAUAGAGUUGGUCGAGAUGGCAGCACACCUCUAGAAGUGGCAUCAUCCAAUGGUCACCUCGAUGUUGUACAGUUUCUCAUUGGCCAAGGAGCAGAUUUAAAAACGGCGGAUAAAGAUGGCAGGUCACCUCUCUUCGCGGCAUCAUUCAAUGGUCACCUUGAUGUUUUACAGUUUCUCAUUGGCAAAAAAGCAGAUCUAAGUAGGACUGGUAAUGAUGGCAGCACACUUCUAGAAGCGGCAUCACUCAAAGGUCACCUCGAUGUUGUACAGUUUCUCAUUGGCAAAAAAACAGAUCUAAAUAGGGCUGGUAUUGGUGGGCGCACGCCUCUCCAAGCGGCAUCAUUAAAUGGCCACCUUGAUGUUGUACAGUUUCUUAUUGGCCAAGGAGCAGAUCUGAAUAGGGUUGGUCGAGAUGGCAACACACCUCUAGAAGUGGCAUCAAUCAAAGGUCACGUCGAUGUUGUACAGGUUCUAAUUGGCCAAAAAGCAGAUCUAAAUAGGACUGGUAACGAUGGCAGCACACCUCUAGAAGCGGCAUCACUCAAAGGUCAUCUCGAUGUUGUACAAUUUCUCAUUGGCCAAGGAGCAGAUCUAAAUAGGGCUGGUAUUGGUGGGCGCACACCUCUCCAAGCGGCAUCAUUUAAGGGUCACCUCAAUGUUGUACAAUUUCUUAUUGGCCAAGGAGCAGAUCUAAAUAGGGUUGGUCGGGAUGGCAGCACACCUCUAGAAGUGGCAUCACUCAAAGGUCACCUCGAUGUUGUUAAGUUUCUCAUUGGCCAAAAAGCAGAUCUAAAUAUGGCUGGUAUUGGAGAUCUAAAUAGGGCUGGUAAAGAUGGCAGCACACCUCUGGAAGUGGCAUCACUCAAAGGUCAUCUCGAGGUUGCACAGGUUCUCAUUGGCCAUGGAGCAGAUCUGAAUAGGGCUGGUUUUGAUGGGCGCACACCUCUCCAUGCGGCAUCAUUCAAUGAUCCAGCCGUUGGUUCAAAACAGGAAAGCGGGGGUGUCGAAAAACAGGUGGAUAGCGAAGCAAACGUACACACCUCAAAACUGGAACAGCUUAACUUAGACUCUGCAUCUUCUGAACAGGUCGUAGAAGAUGUUAUUCACGAUUCCAUGGGGGCAUCCGACCAGCAGGCAGGCUUGAUACGCAUCGAGAAGUAUGGCAUUGAAGUCCAGUUUCAUCCAAGUGAGAUUUGGGGCGUUGAAGACAUCCAGGCAGUACCUGAAGUUCCAGCUGAACUGGCAGACUUGUUAACGGAGGACCAAGCAAUCAUUUGCGUUGGUCUUAAGGCGUCACCGUCUGAUGCGAAGUUUAAAUAUCCAGUAAAAGUGACGAUGCCCCAUUCAGCAAUUUUCACAAGUCCUGAUACUGCAUCCAUUGGGACGUACCAUCGAAAAACCAGCUCCGACAGUUUUUCGUUGAUUGCUGCUGCCAAUGGUGACCCUCGAUGUGAUGUUAGAGAGCGAGACCUUGACCUCUAUAUCUCUCACUUCUCUGAAUGGUGGAUUGUUUCCUUCAUCACAAAGGUAUUCGUGGGCAAGCGUGUCAUCUGUACGCCUUUCGUACCCGAACCGAGCCCUAUGAGCACUAAGCAUCUGUUGAGGCUCUGCAUUAGAGACAGUAACCAAGGGAAAGCGGAGACACAACAGGAAAUUCUGUUUCAUAAAUCAGUUGAGGUCAAUGUACGGUUCAUCGUUAACACUCCAGCCGCUGACCAAUCUAAAGUCUUCGUUCAGUUCAUCUUGGAACAAAGCGCAAAGAUGGAAAUUAUUUGUCCGAUGAAUCUGUCAGGAGACCAGGUGACACCAAGGGCAAAAGGAACUCAAAAGCCUACCGAUUCACCGGAAGUAACAGAUAUGCAUUUGCUAAGAAUCUCACAGGAACUCCUUCCGGAUCAUUUCUCCGCUCUGCACCUUACUCUGGGGAUCAAACCAAGUAUUGCACAAGGGAUCCUAACGCAGAAGAUAAAUGACUAUCCAGAUACAUACAUGCACCUUCUACAGCUGUGGAAGACAGAAUCCCAUAGGACCCUGAGAGACCUGGACCAGGUUCUUGUUGAGUCUAGGGCCGGUGGUCUUAGAUCCAAGUAUAAAUAAGAGCAAACUAAGAUAGAACAUCUAAUUACACUGUGUUGUUGACAGUGAAGGUGACUGUUCAUUUGUUUGCUGCAGAAGAAAUUGUGA